AUGGUGGAAAGAAAAGAGAACAAGGAAAGAAAUAUCAUGAUUGAGCGAAUUCCUCAAGAGAGAAUCCAGGAGCUAAAGCAGCAUAUUGUUUUCCCUGAGACAGAAGAGAUGGCUGAUUCUACAGGAAUCUUGACAUUCCAGGAUGUUGCAAUUGAUUUCUCUCCAGAUGAGUGGGACUGCCUCAACGUUGAACAGAAGGCUUUGUAUAGGGAUGUCAUGUUGGAGAACUAUAGUAAUAUGGUCUCUGUGGGUCUUUCAGUGCCAAAACCAGACAUAAUCAUCUGUCUUGAACAAUGCAAAGAACCUUGGAUUGUGAACAUGGGAGAGAAAGAAGGCAAUGAAAAAGUUUUCUAUUUUAAUCAAACACAAGAUCUGUUUUCACUGGAGAAUAGACAAGAUCCUAUCCAAAAGUUAAUAUCAGGAAUAGAUAAUGACCAGACACAAGAGAAACAUUUUAUAAGUAAUCAAAUUGGACAAAACUACUACAUGGAAUAUGAGAAGGGCUCCAACAGAUCUCCAUGCCUUACUAGGCUUAAGAGAAUUAAUCUCAGAAAGGAGGCAUAUAAAUGUAAAGAUUGUGGCAAGUCAUUUACCCAUCAUGCAAAACUUCAAGCUCACCAGAGAAUCCAUACUGGUGAGAAACCUUACAGAUGUCAAGAAUGUGGCAAGUCUUUUACCCAGGAUUCAAAUCUUCAUAGGCAUAACAGAAUCCAUACUGGUGAGAAAUCUUACAGGUGCCAAGAAUGUGGCAAGUCCUUUACCCAGCAUUCACAUCUUCAGGCGCACUACAGAAUUCAUACUGGUGAGAAACCUUACAGGUGCCAGGAAUGUGGCAAGUCCUUUACCCAGGAUUCAAACCUUCAGGCGCAUUUCAGAAUUCAUACUGGUGAGAAACCUUACAGAUGUCAAGAAUGUGGCAAGUCAUUUACCCGGGAUUCAACUCUUCACGGACAUCGCAGAAUCCACACUGGUGAGAAACCUUACAGAUGUCAGGUAUGUGGCAAAUCUUUUACCCAUUACACAAGUCUUCACAGACAUCGCAGAAUCCAUACUGGUGAGAAACCUUACAAAUGUCAGGAAUGUGGCAAGUCCUUUACCCAGGAUUCAAACCUUCAGGCGCAUUACAGAAUUCAUACUGGUGAGAAACCUUAUAGAUGUCAGGAAUGUGGCAAGUCCUUUACCCUUGCCUCAAGUCUUCGCAUUCACCACAGAGUCCAUACUGGUGAAAAACCUUACAGAUGUCAGGAAUGUGGCAAGUCCUUUACCCAGGCCUCAAAUCUUCACAUUCACCACAGAGUCCAUACUGGUGAUAAACCUUACAGAUGUAAAGAAUGUGGCAAAGCUUUCAAGUGGGCUGUUAAGAAUCCAAUGCUUAAGAGAAUUAAUCUCAGAAAGGAGGCAUACAAAUGUAAAGAUUGUGGCAAGUCAUUUAUCCAUCAUGCAAAACUUCAAGCUCACCAGAGAAUCCAUACUGGUGAGAAACCUUACAGAUGUCAAGAAUGUGGCAAGUCUUUUACCCAGGAUUCAAAUCUUUAUAAGCAUAACAGAAUCCAUACUGGUGAGAAACCUUACAGAUGCCAGGAAUGUGGCAAGUCCUUUACCCAGGAUUCAACUCUUCAGGCGCAUUACAGAAUACAUACUGGUGAGAAACCUUACAGAUGUCAAGAAUGUGGCAAAUCUUUUACCCAUUACACAAGUCUUUACAGACAUCGCAGAAUCCAUACUGGUGAGAAACCUUACAGAUGUCAGGAAUGUGGCAAGUCAUUUACACAGGGAUCAGAUCUUAACAUUCACCACAGAGUCCAUACUGGUGAAAAACCUUAUAGAUGUCAGGAAUGUGGCAAGUCCUUUACCCGGGGCUCAAAUCUUCACAUUCACCACAGACUCCAUACUGGUGAAAAACCUUACAGAUGUAAAGAAUGUGGCAAGUCCUUUAUGAGAAACUCAACUCUAAGAAAGCAUAACAGAAUCCAUACUGGUGAGAAAUCUUACAGGUGCCAAGAAUGUGGCAAGUCCUUUACCCAGCAUUCACAUCUUCAGGCGCACUACAGAAUUCAUACUGGUGAGAAACCUUACAGGUGCCAGGAAUGUGGCAAGUCCUUUACCCAGGAUUCAAACCUUCAGGUGCAUUACAGAAUUCAUACUGGUGAGAAACCUUACAGAUGUCAAGAAUGUGGCAAGUCAUUUACCCGGGAUUCAACUCUUCACGGACAUCGCAGAAUCCACACUGGUGAGAAACCUUACAGAUGUCAGGUAUGUGGCAAAUCUUUUACCCAUUACACAAGUCUUCACAGACAUCGCAUUAUACAUACUGGUGAGAAACCUUACAAAUGUCAGGAAUGCGGCAAGUCAUUUACCCGGGAUUCAACUCUUCAGGGGCAUUACAGAAUUCAUACUGGUGAGAAACCUUACAGAUGUCAGGAAUGUGGCAAGUCCUUUACCCUUGCCUCAAGUCUUCGCAUUCACCACAGAGUCCAUACUGGUGAAAAACCUUACAGAUGUCAGGAAUGUGGCAAGUCCUUUACCCAGGCCUCAAAUCUUCACAUUCACCACAGAGUCCAUACUGGUGAUAAACCUUACAGAUGUAAAGAAUGUGGCAAGUGCUUUAUGAGAAACUCAACUCUUAGAAAUCAUCACAAAAUUCAUACCAGAGAGGAGGCAUACAAAUGUAAAGAUUGUGGCAAGUCUUUUACCCAUCAUUCAAAACUUCAAGCUCACCAGAGAAUCCAUACUGGUGAGAAACCUUACAGAUGUCAAGAAUGUGGCAAAUCUUUUACCCAGGAUUCAAAUCUUCAUAGGCAUAACAGAAUCCAUACUGGUGAGAAAUCUUACAGGUGCCAGGAAUGUGGCAAGUCCUUUACCCAGGAUUCAACUCUUCAGGCGCAUUACAGAAUUCAUACUGGUGAGAAACCUUACAGGUGCCAGGAAUGUGGCAAGUCCUUUACCCAGGAUUCAACUCUUCAGGCACAUUACAGAAUCCAUACUGGUGAGAAACCUUACAGAUGUCAAGAAUGUGGCAAGUCAUUUAGCCACAACUCAAAUCUUCACAGACAUCGUAGAAUCCAUACUGGUGAGAAACCUUACAGAUGUCAAGAAUGUGGCAAGUCAUUUAUCCAGUAUUCUAAUCUUCGGAGACAUUACAGAAUUCAUACUGGUGAGAAACCUUACAGAUGUCAAGAAUGUGGCAAGUCAUUUACACAGGGCUCAGAUCUUAACAUUCACCACAGAGUCCAUACUGGUGAAAAACCUUACAGAUGUAAAGAAUGUGGCAAGUGCUUUAUAAGAAACUCAAUUCUAAGAAAGCAUCACAAAAUUCAUGUAUAG